AUGGCAGCUGUCAAAGUAGCUUCGGAGGACUCGUUGUUUGUCUUGGCGAUCGCAUUCGUCAAGGCCCAUGUUCUGCUGGUAGCGCUACUUGCGUUCACUGUGCGUCUUCUCGUCAAGCGCUUCGCUUCUCCCCUACGAAGAAUUCCUGGACCGGCACUCGCUUCGGUCUCCCGCCUAUGGAAGGUAUGGAGCACGUACUCCGGCCACACCGAGCUCGAUCAUAUCGCGCUGCACAAAAAAUAUGGACCGGUUGUGAGAACUGCACCAAAUGAAGUAUCAUUUGCUUCACCAAAUGCCGCAAAGGACAUCUUCGCGGUUGGCAAAGGGUUUCACAAGACGAUGUUUUACAGCCACGCUCCUGACAUCUUCACCGAAGUACGCGAAUGGAAGCAUGCGCAGAUGAAGCGGUAUGCGGUCACUCCAUACAGCCUGGCACAAAUGCAGAAGCGCUCGGGCCCGAUCGAGAGCAUGAUCAUGGACCUCAUGUCGCAUCUUGACAAGUAUGCCGUACCAUCGCAACGGCAAUGCAACCUGGGUAACCUGCUGCACUAUUUCGCAUUCGACGUCUUAGGCGAAGUUGCCUUCUCCCGUCGCUUUGGUUUCCUCGAGCAGGAGGUCGACAUUGAAGGUUCCAUCAAGAACAUCGACGAUGUGCAGUGGUAUGAUGGUAUUGUUGGACAGAUCCCCGAAUUCGACAUUCUCCUCCGAAACAAUCCACUGAGGCCGUACCUGCCGUUCUGGAAACCCUCGCCUACAACGAUGACCCGCAUCGCUGUUGAAGAGCUGGACAAACGGAAGCAGCCAGACAACAGCUACGAUUCGGCCGGCAUUGACUUGCUCGCCGAGCUCUUGAGAGCACAUGAGGGAAACGGGGACAAAUUUAGUGUCAACGACGUCUUCAGCAUUGCUCACGGAGCUGUGUUUGCUGGCUCUGACUCAACAGCCAGCACAAUGCAGUCCUUCUUCUACUACGUUUUGAACCAUCCCGAGGUGUACGCAAAUCUCGUGAAGGAGAUCAAUGAAGCACAGAAAUCCGGCCAGCUCUCUUCCAUUGUUCAGUACGCCGAGGCACAGAAACUGGAGUACUUCCAAGCUUGCCUCAAAGAGGCUAUGCGAAUUCGUCCUGCGGUGGGAUUGGGCAUAUAUCGUACGAUACCUCCUGAGGGCGCGUGGAUUGAUGGGCAAUUUUUCGCUGGCGGCACAGAGGUCGCUGUCAACGGGUGGGUUUUACACCGAGAUGAGGCUGUCUUUGGCCAAGAUGCUGAAGUGUUCCGGCCACAACGGUGGUUUGAACGUGACGCGAAGCUGAUGAACUCACACAUGUAUCAGUUUGGCGGCGGCAGUCACCUCUGCAUUGGCCGAAACCUUGCUCUCUUUGAGAUGAACAAGGUCUUGAUUCAGAUUCUGCGAGAGUACGACAUCAAAUUGGUUCAUCCGGGACGGCCACUGAAAUACCAUUCGACGUUUUUCGUCGUGCAGGAGGGGCUGGAGGUCACCUUGCAGAAACGAAUAUAG